UCUCUGUGUGAGCUGUCAUUAACUAGUUGUAGAGACAGUAAGGGGAAGCCUCUUAGACAGCGCAGGCUCUGGUUACACACCAGCAACGCUCCCGUUGCCUGAAACAAAUCGAGUAGUAUAGAUCAAUUGGCAAGCACACACCCGAAGCAGAGCAAGGGAAAUAAGACUGCCAUGGCUGAUGUUAUACAAAUGAACGAGUCGUCUUCAUCUGACGUUGCGAACCGAUUCGCUCGCAAAGGGGCUCUACGGCAGAAAAAUGUGCAUGAAGUAAAGAACCAUAAAUUUAUUGCCAGAUUUUUCAAGCAGCCGACCUUCUGCAGUCACUGCACGGACUUCAUCUGGGGUUUUGGAAAGCAAGGUUUCCAGUGCCAAGUUUGCUGCUUCGUGGUCCACAAGAGGUGCCAUGAGUUCGUCACCUUCUCCUGUCCCGGGGCCGACAAGGGUCCUGACACAGACGACCCCAGAAGCAAACACAAGUUCAAGAUCCACACCUACGGGAGCCCUACCUUCUGUGACCACUGCGGCUCUCUCCUCUAUGGGCUCAUCCACCAGGGGAUGAAAUGUGACACGUGUGACAUGAACGUGCACAAGCAGUGUGUGAUGAACGUGCCCAGCCUGUGUGGGACGGACCACACCGAACGGCGGGGCCGCCUCUUCCUCAAGAUCGAUGUCACCGGAGAGUCCAUGCAUGUGACCGUGGGAGAGGGGAGGAACCUGAUCCCGAUGGACCCCAACGGCCUGUCAGAUCCGUACGUGAAGCUGAAGCUCAUCCCGGACCCCAAGAACGAGACCAAGCAGAAGACCCGCACCAUCCGCUCCUCCCUCAACCCCACCUACAACGAGUCCUUCACCUUCAAGCUGAGGACCAUGGAUAAGGACCGCAGGCUGUCUGUCGAGAUUUGGGACUGGGACCGGACCACCAGGAAUGACUUCAUGGGCUCCCUGUCCUUUGGGGUGUCGGAACUGAUCAAGUCACCUGUGUGUGGCUGGUACAAGCUGCUGAAUCAGGAGGAGGGCGAGUAUUACAACGUGCCCAUCCCUGACGAGGACGACGGCAACCUGGAGCUCAGGCAGAAGUUUGAGGACUGCCAAAUUAAUUUCCACUUCCUCAAGGAUCACAGUCUGGAAGACUCUGAUAAGAAAGCCAAGCUCGGGCCCGGGAAGAAAGUGAUCACCCCUUCCGACGACGGCAGGAGCCUGCCCUCCAACAACGUCGACCGCGUCAAACUCAACGACUUCAACUUCCUGGCGGUGCUGGGGAAGGGCAGCUUCGGCAAGGUGAUGCUGGCGGAGAUGAAGUCCACCGAGAAGCUCUACGCCAUUAAGAUCCUGAAGAAGGACGUGGUGAUCCAGGACGACGACGUGGAGUGCACCAUGGUGGAGAAGAGGGUCCUGGCUCAGAGGGACAAGCCGCCAUUCCUCACCCAGCUGCACUCCUGCUUCCAGACCGUGGACCGUCUGUACUUUGUGAUGGAGUAUGUAAACGGAGGAGACCUCAUGUACCACAUCCAGCAGGUUGGGAAGUUCAAGGAGCCCCAGGCAGUGUUCUACGCUGCAGAGAUCGCUGUUGGGCUGUUUUUCCUGCACAAGAAGGGGGUUAUUUACAGGGACCUGAAGCUGGACAACGUCAUGCUGGACUCGGAAGGCCACAUCAAGAUCGCAGACUUCGGGAUGUGCAAGGAGAACAUGUACGACAGCGUGACCACGCGCACUUUCUGCGGGACCCCCGACUACAUCGCCCCUGAGAUCAUUGCAUAUCAGCCGUAUGGUCGGUCAGUGGACUGGUGGGCGUACGGAGUUCUACUGUAUGAAAUGCUGGCCGGACAGCCUCCUUUCGACGGUGAGGAUGAGGACGAACUCUUCCAGUCUAUCAUGGAGCACAACGUAUCAUACUCCAAGUCCCUGUCCAAAGAGGCCGUGUCCAUCUGCAAAGGCCUGAUGACCAAACACCCCUCCAAGCGGCUGGGCUGCGGCCCGGAGGGGGAGAGGGACAUCAGAGAGCACGCCUUCUUCCGCCGCAUCGACUGGGAGCGGCUGGAGAACAGCGAGAUCCAGCCGCCGUUCAAGCCCAAAGUGUGUGGAAAAGCAGCGGAAAACUUUGACAAGUUCUUCACCCGGACCCAGCCCAUGCUGACACCUCCAGACCAGCUGGUCAUCGCCAACAUCGACCAGAGCGAGUUCGCCGGCUUCUCCUUCAUCAACGCUCAGUUCAUGCACCCCGCGGUACACAGCGUGGUAUGAGGGGGCGGAUCAACACGCUGGAACACCCGUCAACAGAGAAUCCACCCGCCCGGCCCCCUUCAGAAGAAAAUAUCAUAAAUUAACAAUCAAAACCCUGGGCUUUUUCCACAGAUAGAUACGUCUUUUCCACCAAGAGAAAGUCUGUCAUAAACAUAUCCAAAUAAGGAAAAGAAAUCCGGCAUCUUCAAUCCGGAUUAUGUCCGAAAUGCGUUUCUAAGUGGGCAUUUUAAAAAUCAAACUACCAGAAUUUUCGAAUAAAAUCCACCUGCAAUUUUCCGCUGUGUUUGGGCAAGACCGCCUCACUAGCCAGUGUGUGAGAGGUGCUUAAGAUUACUGGGUGUAACUCAAUCAAUCAGUGCUUUGUGCAACGACAGUAGCCAUGACAACAGAGGACUAACAACGAAAAUCUGUGGUUCCUAGUGUUUGCCCUCAAGUAAUUGGUCUUCCCAGCAGAGGAAAUCGGAGAUGACAUAUUGUGAGCGAAAUGCAAAAUGGCGCCGUGUAUUCGGGGUCAGCCUGAUGUUUUUCUGAGAUAGUUUACAUUUUGCGCGACCGCUCGUUGUUGGCAUUAGUCUGUGUGCGGUAGUAUUUGUGGCAUGGUGGGCGUUUGGAACCUUGCGUAGAGCUCCCCGCCUGUGUCCCCCCCCCCCCGUCUCUGGUUGCGUUGUGAGCCCAGAGGCGGCGCUCUGUGUAUGGAGUGAGUGCUCCUGCUGUCCAAGGGCCAGUCCGCUUCCCAGUCCCGCCGCUCCGUGUCGUUUGCGAUGGGAUGCGAAAGAUGUCUCCUUCCCGUCACGACGAGAGUCGCGCUCGCUACGUUUACCGCCCGUGUCCACGAAAAUGCGUUCCUGCACCUCCUCCCUCUUCUGACAAAGAAACUGUCUCUUAAAAAAAAAAAAUUACUUAAAAGCGUAGGGUCUUAUGGCAGAUGGUUGUCUUCGGUGUGCCAAAAAAAAGAGAAAAAAAAAAUUGUAUUAAAUUAUUUUUGUUUUGUUUUUUUCCAGCAAAGGGCUGGAAUUGGUGUCCCUGGCUAAAAAUAUGUAUCAGGAUUCUAGGCUUCCUGCCUCCCUCAGCAGAAGAAUGUGUCAGCUAAGGUGACCUCUGACUCAGUCCUGGUGUCUCCCAUGGGAUUAUGGGCGCCCUGGUAUGAACAGCAGCAGGCCAAUAUCCCCAAAGGAGUCUGUUCGUAAACAGACAAAUGUAUGCAGCUCCAAAAACAGGAAUGUUUUUAAUCAACAUAUUCAUCUAUCCAAGCACUUAAAUGCUAUUAUACUGUCAUAGGAACAACUAUUGAAGGGGGCAUUUUUACAGUGUAAAAUCCCGCUCUCUCCCUAUUCGUGACUAGACUGAAAUCUUAAACGUACAGAGACUGAAGCUUUUCCGGGCAGGAAAAGUGGUGUUUAUGUGUAACUAACGGGAAGUUUAGCGAUCCGCAUAUGCACCAUGCAAUACCGCGUUGCAUGACCAAGAUCUAACACCAUCCUAACAGUGUAUAACGGAGUAUUAUAUUAUUUUAAUGAAAUCCUAUGUGCUAUACUCGUGGAAGUCCUAAUUUGAUUUUACUGUAUGUUUCAAAAUGAUAUGAUUCUUUUCAUUGAUAUUUUAGGUUAGGUUUAAUGUCCUUUUUUCUGCUUCACAUAAUGUUGAGCAUUUUUUUUUUCCACUCAUGAAUUAGACAUUUAUAUUGUAACACAUUACAGAGUAUUAAGUAUUUUGUAAAUAUUAACAAGUUAUUUCAAAAAAAGUACCGCAACUUGCAGUUUUAUACCAAGAACUGAAUGUGCUUUUAUUACAUUAGAUAGUUUAAAAUUUAUAUGUAAAAUGACCCGAAAAAAUAACUUUGUAACAAUUGGGUAAAAUUAUUUAGCAGCUUUGAUAUCAAUAAAUCACAUACAAUGUCCUUAAGUCUUCAUCUUUCGCAGAUUUAUCAGACAUUUGUUUUGAUAGUUCGAUGUUUGGACAUAUCUGGACUUGACCUUGAUGUGUGAGCUGGUUGAAUGCAUACUUGCCUUGGUCCUACCGUUGACACAAUAUGUUUUUGCCUUCCUUAUCUGCAUGUAGUGGUAGGAAAUCGAUGCAUGUGUAUAGCAAGGUGUUGCAUGAUAUAAAGAUCACUGUCUUACAGCAUGGCAUUAAUGUGUCCCGUUCGGUCAGAUUCUGGUCAUACGAUAUGCUCCUGAUUCUGUUCCUUCACUUUUGUUUCAGCUAAAAUAUGUCACACUUUUGAGAAAGACUUAAGAUGAAUCCAUAUCUGGAGCUGAUGGUUGUUAGUAUAUGCCAGUCCUUACCGUUUAACUUUCCUUUUGUCCCCCCCCCCCUCCCCAAACUACUUGCUCACGUCCGUGCCAAACCGAUAACAGACCCCGUAAUAGCAGCCUUGCACUAGACAUAGACAGCUGUUCUGAUGAACCUGGGCAGCUCCAUUAUCUGAGUGAGUGUGGAAUCCGUGUUCGCCUUUGUGUCCGCCUCCAUGGCUCUGAGAUACUGUGCGCAGGGGUACAGUCACUGGCAGUCAAGUGCAGUGAACUAUGUCUGCAAAAAGUAAAAACUACAUUUUUAUCAAACCGCUAAUUACCCAGUCAGGCAAGUAAAACAAUUAUUUGCGAGGAGACUACCCUUUGAAAAGGUGGUUUUAGUCAAUCCGUCGUGUGUCCUACAGACUUCAUCCCUUCAAGAAAAGGGUGCACUGCAUCUGAGAAUACUGAAAUUCAGUAAAUCUUUGUUAAAGUAAUGAAACGUCCCGUAAAAAUCCAUCAGCGUAUAAAAACGACACCGUGCAUCAGCAGCCAAGGAGUGCUGUGGUUUCAUCAGUGGAGAACGGCAGGUUGUCCCAUUUCCCUUUUCCCAUGUCCUAUGAUUUCUGAGUCCUGAGGCCAUUUCAGGGUUACGGAGUGAGCCCGGUUCUGUAUUGAGUCCGGUGCACGGCGCGUAACGUGGCGAUGUGUGAUGUCAGCUCUCAGGCUGUUUAAACGCCCGGUGUCCUCACAGUGUCUGUGCCACGGUCCGGUCCGCACGCUCGCCCGUGCGCCUUUGUGAGGCGCUGGAGCGAGCUUAGCGCUAGUCAGCAGCGUAGCGGUAUCCGCUGCACCCUGCCAUCGCCUGCCUGCUGUAUCCCUGCAACUCUGAAUGAAGGAGUGCGUGACCCCGUCCCUUUUCCCCUCUGACUGCACCGCCAGGGUAUGAAUGCCUCUGUCCGUUUAUCUCCCCACAAUUCCACAGUGCCUGUUGUAUCUGCCCCCCCCCCCCUUCCUCCCCCUCCCUCCAGUGGAUAAGACACCUUUCCUCUCCCUCUGUAGAGUCAGCCAUUUUACCAAAGCCCCUUACUGAGGUAUUUGUGCUCAGACUGAUCCAAUCAGUUCCACAGAAAACGUGGUUUCCUCCUGUUUCUUACUGACCGUAGAGUAAGAGGACAGAUGGAUCAAAUCUGUGGCUUUUGUCUUUUCUAAAUGUCCUAUUUUUUCUUUUGGACUUUUUAAAUUUACAGAUAUGAAAAAUAUACAUUCUAUCGCAUUGAGAUACAAUUCUUAAAUGUUAGGCUUAAGUUACCCAUGAACUCAUUCACCAGUUUUUGUGUCCGUAGUACCAACCGGUUUGAUAUGUUUCUGUAGUGUACCCUUCUUUGGUGUUUUUUCAGUAAAGGAGGUAGUUGUCUGAAUUUGACUGGUGUGUUGUUCUCACAUAGAGCACGGUAUCAACAACGUGGAGGUUGCCUUAUUUCAUAUAGUCAACUCCUCUCUUGUGUUAACACACGCAUAAAGCAUUUAUACCCUGUACAUAAUAGGUUGAAUAUCUACACCCUGUGAAAGAAGGAUUUACAGUAUAGUAUUUUGCUAUGUCGUACGUCAACUCCUCUUAACCUGAAGCGAAUCCAGACUGCAUACCUUGUAAUCAGUAACGGUGUCUGUACCUAUUGUAUGAUAAUGAACAUAAACAAAAUAAAUAAGGAGGUUUUACAGCAAAUAUGUACAUCCUUUAAUUUUUUUUUAAUAUUUACAUUUGCUGUAAAUAGUGUUUCUCCCACCUUGCAUCAUUUAACAUUCUCUGUUGUCAGUGGUGUGGAUAGCAUUGUCUGUGUAUGGACAGAGCUCCCCUCUCUCUGUUGUUUCUCGUCUGUUUCUCACUUGUGGACAUGGACGAGCAUGUUCGGUAAUAGCAUGAAUGGAACAGCACGUUUUUUCUUUUUUCGACAGGCUCAGCCCAUGCUGUGCUUUGUUCUGUCGAUUUUAAUGUUUUGUUUCCUGAAUCCUGUUUCCUUCUGUAUUUAGUGCCACUACCCAAUAUGUGGGAAUAAUCCUGAGAACUGAAGUUAACUUAGAGGUUAUCUCUUUAUUGCUUUGCGUACAGUAGGACUAUUUCAAUUACAUUUCAUCUUGGAAGAUUUUACAAAUUUUCAGAGCAAAGGAAGGAGUUCUAAAAUAAAAAUGAUUAUAUGGGUUAUGGAAUAUUUUUCACAGGUGUGAACACGAAUGACUUUUUAUUGAACAGAGGGAAGGGGGGAGAGGAAACUCUACAAACCCAACAGAAUGGAAAAGAGAUAACGGUCACUGAAGGCUUGCAUGAGGUUUGGACAGGUCUAGAAUGUUCCGGGGCAAGUCACCGAGAACACUUCUUUAACAACGUGCAUCUGCAGAGAGGUGGCCACUACUACAGUGAGUCUCGGUCAGAUGCGUUUACACGGGAGAGAGAGAUCCUUCACAUUCCACGUACAGAAUGAGAGAUCUUUGCCGUGCGUCUGGGAGCGUGCCGCAGAAGAAGGCAUUUCCCGGCGAGAAUGUCUGCGCUGUGCAUCCCUGUCAGAGCUGGAAGGUCCUUUGGGGACAGAGAGAUCCUUUAAGGGCAAACUGCCACAAUAAUCUAUCAAACGCCUCUUCACAUAAAGGGACGAGGCAAGGAGAGGCAGAAGAACCCAAGGAGUCGCCUUGUUACUGUCUGGGGCGUUGGUGACAUGGUGCUUGAUUACGGUGAAAAUCUGUAGCAUGCGUCUCAGUACUGCCGGCAGUGGCCACCUCUCUGUAGACCGCAGUUGAAUAUUUGCUUGUUUUUUUUAUCUAAUUAUUUCAGACAGUCCUCUCUAUAAAUGACUAUCAUUGUUGUUACUAUCAUUAUUAAUAUUAUUAUUGUCAUUCUGUUAUUUUGUUUUGUCCCCAUCCUUUGUUUUGCAUGUUCUGCUAUGUUCCUGUUAAUUGUAGUAUGAAGGAUACUGUGUACAAAUAAAGGUAUGACAUCUAAAUCUA